AUGUCUUCAAAUCUCGGGGUUUUCGAUAUCCCCGCCCUGGCCAAGGUGGCAUGGGACGUAUACAAGCAAUGCAAUCUCCUCGCGAAGGGUGCUCCCGAAGGAUUCCAAAAGCUGAUGACUGAGCUGGGCUCGUUACAAGGCACUUUACGUACCUUCGGCGACAAGGUGAGCUCUAACGCAUCCUUCUUUGAGGAGAUGGAUGAGGAUCGCAAACAGACGUUGGAACGGUCCCUCGGUACUUGUCUCGCGACCCUACAGCGAUUGAAAGAACUCCUUGCCCCGUUCAAAGGCUUCGAAAAUAGCGACGGAAAAGGCCUCUGGAAAAAGAUCAAAUGGGUGGCACAAAGAACUCAGAUUGAAGAUCUAAGAUCUAAGAUUAUGAUUCACACCUGCAAUCUCAGCCUGUGUGUAAGCAGUAUAGGGAAUGACUCUCUUGCUCGGAUAGAGAAAACAAUGGUUCUGGCAAUGGAAGAGGAUAAACAGAUUGUUCUCAGCACAGCGGCAUCACCUGUUCGGGAUACAGACUCCGUUGUCUCGCCGAUGACCCCGAGCCCGGGCUUGGUUGAGCUACCUGCUAACAACGAAGAAGAGUGCGAAAUCGAUAUAAUCGAGGAAGUCCGCGUCAGAAUGUCGGAGUUGGCUAAUAACAGAAGCUCCGCGGGGAGCAGCAAGGUCAGACAUACAUCCACAUCCUCCGAAUCGGCAAUAACUGGGUCCGAUGAUUCACUCUUUGAUGGUAACUCGCCGACUUCUUGGUUAUCCUUGAAUACAUCACCUCUCCUACCUCAUCCAGGCCGAAUACAUCAUACGCGAAUGCGCAGUGAGCAGCUUCUCUUUGGCGGCUCUAUUGACGGUCGGACACUUGGUGAUGGAAUAUGGGCGAACGACCCCGACCUGACGGAGAAGCAAGUUGUGCAUCACACCAGAGCCUAUUCUGAUGCUGGUCAUGGCCAUCCUCACGUUACCGAGGCCGUGACGUCCGCCAUGCAACAUCUUCGUGAUGUUCGGCACCAGGAGCAUAUCUCAAGACCAAUACGCUUUGAGCCGCAGAACCAACUACAUAAGCCAACUGCAGAAAUGUUAAAAAUACUCGAGGCGUCGGUGAAUGAUGGGUUGCAGAUCACGAGGCUAAUCACAAGAGAUUGGCUCCGCAUGGCGACUUGGUGGUUGUUGAAAGCACGCGCGACUUUGGCAAAUUGUAGCAGACACAACUAUGUCAGUGCCCGUGGCAGUAUGAGUCCCUCCACGGAGUCAAGGUCAACUAGUCACCAAGCUUAUCUUGACCUCCUCAAGGCUUCAUAUAUCCUAUACGAUAUCGUUCUGGAAGAAGAGAUCUCCUCUUCUCUUUUGGUUGAUGAGGAUCGCAAGUCGAUUGUCGAGCUUUCUGAAGGCAUCAACGAAGAGCUUUCCCAAUAUACUUCUAUCGACAUUCCCGAAUCGUCAACUCUGCAAACCCAAAGUCUUGCCAUUUGGGAGCCCAUGCAGCCGGAGGAAACAUGGGAUGGGGGCAUUGAUCUAGAUCUUGGCUUGGAUAAUUUACGCUGGAUCGCCGUCGAUCUAGAGGAUGCAGGUAACGAACAGGAAAAGGUCCUCUACCGCACCUUUGUCAAUGCCGGCAUCGGUGGCAAAAAGUAUCGCAUGCGCACCAAGGGUGCCCCCUACAUGCUCCUGCUGGCAACACGAGAAGGUGAAAGCGAACCCAAGAUUGUUCUUUGCAAUCAAAGUGGCACUCUGUGCCUAGAACGAAAUUAUGAUCUACCGCCCCUUGUCCAGUUAUCAAAUGCAGCUUUGACUGGCUUCCCUGGUGCCCGGGUCUCAGAACCGGUACCAUUUAAAUUUGAUGAUAUGAGCGUUUCGAUAUCAUUUCAGUUUGACGGGGAUCUCGCACAAUUCAUCAAUAUUCCGAAAGCUUACUUCGAUGCUGUAUGGCAGAGAGAACCAGUUGAUUCAACCGAAUUUACUGAGAGCGUUCUUUUCAAGACCUCGGUUGAUAUGUUUGAGCAGUUGAACACGCCGACCAUGAAAUCAAUGAACCCGCCUGUCGCGGUGAAAUCCUGCGAGGUGCGCAUUCUGGAACGGUCUUUUGGAGAAGCCUGGCGGUCUAUCCGACGCAUGGUGAUCACUUCCUCUGCUGCUGAGAAAUCCCCGGGAACUAUGGAACUUUUCAUGCCUCUCAGUGUUGUUCAGAUCAACCGAGGACGUACGUCCCGCCAGGUGCUCUUGCAGUGGUCUGACACAUGCCAGGCGCGCUCUGACAAGACUGACGGCAACUAUAACACCUUGCACUCCUACGUGUACGAUGGCACUGCCCCAAAUAUCGGCGUCGGUCUACAAUUUGGCAUGCAUCAAGAGGCGGAAGAGUUUGAACAAGCCGUACUAGAAAUGAGCCUCCGUCCUGAGUUUUCCUGGUCACAGCCCAGUAGCUCCGGUCUCAUUUACAAUGUAGUUGAUGCUGGCACUGAGCACAAGCAAUACAAAGCCGUGCUAGUAUACCGCACUCGUGCAUCAUGGCGAUAUUCAGAACUGUACUAUAUUUAUCGUGACGCCGACUACUCAUACGACCACUCCUCAUUCAGCAUCCAUUUCCCCCGCAUAUACUACACAGACUACAUCUCAACUCAUGUUGACCAGCUCUACCAUCCAGAAAGCCCUGUCACAUUUUCCCAUUGCGACAAGAAGGCUACCCAGACUACCAUCGAGUUCGAGAAUGACCUCGAAGCGCGCUCAUUCCUCAGCUCCCUAUCUCCUCUAUACGAUCUCCUCUACUCCCGGCGUAUCCACUCGCUGUCAACGAAAGGCAAUUCCCUGUUUGGGCUCCAAAUUUCCGGUAAGGGCAGCGCCGAUAUCCAACUAUGGCGUCGGGGAACAACGUUCCAACUUGCCACACGGUGGGAUGACUCCGUGCCGGACAAGUGGCUUACCAUGGCUGUUCCGUCAGAGUUCAUCGAUUGCUCAAAAGAGAAUAGUCGCGUCACCCUUCCACGUCUUCCGUACUUGCGUGGUACGACACUUGAUAUGAUGAAUGUUAUGGCUCGAUGCCCUAAGAACUCUAGUUCCAAAAACAGAGAGGGUGCUAUGUCAAUUUCUUUUCGAACAAGUAAAGGUUAG